AUGCUGGCGGAGAUUCUAGGUUAUGGGUCUCUGUCCGGAGCAAUGUCGAGCUUUAGCACCAAAUAUUUCCCUGGAGACGCACCUUUCGCGAUUUUCAUCCUCGGCACCAAAUACAUCGUGCUCAGAAGACCUGAGGAUGUGAAAGCCGUAUGGAAUGAUACCAAAUCAUUUUCUUUUGACGAUUACCUUCGAGCAGUCUUCGCUGGCUUUGAUAUCCCACCAUCUAGAUAUACUUCCGCUUUCAAGGACGACCCCGCUAGGUUUUGGCACGGGGAUGAGAACGAGGUGCCAUUGUUUGUGAAGGAAAACCCUGCAAAGAAACGAUAUGUCGAUCUGCAAGAUGGGUGGAUGAAAGAGGCUCUACAGCCUGGGAAGAAGAUGGAUGCACUGUCUGAGGUAUUCAUGGGACACAUAGAGCGGUUGAUUCCUGUGUACCUCUCGGACCCUCGGGUCAAGGCGGGGGAUGGAGAUAGUGUACAUGGACAAGUGGUCGAUUUGUACAAAUGGGGACGAUGUGUUCUCGCAGACGCAGGCUCGAGAGCUUUCCUAGGCAUGGAGAUCCUUGCUAUCGAUCCAGAUUUCGUUCAACACUAUAUCGAUUGGGGGGAUCUGAGUUGGAAGAUACCCUGGAACUAUCCCAGCAUUCUAUCUCAGGACAUGUACAAAGCUCGCGAGACUUUGGUCCAAGUUUUCAUGAACUAUUAUUCCUUGGAGCCAAGCAAACGUCCAAAUUUGAACUGGUUACUUGAACGGAUGCAGAACGAACAGCAACAACUCGGCAUGAGUCUCCAUGACGCCGAAACUGUGGCUCUCAUCGUUCUCUGGGGCGUUCACUUGAACACUUACCGUAUGCUGUUCUGGACGCUAGCACAUAUCUUGUCGUCACCAUCGCUGACAGAGACUAUCCGGAAGGAAACGAGUAUUGCAUUUAAUUCAGACGCGAACACGUUUUCCAUCACUCAUCUCAUGAAUGAGUGUCCCAUCCUGGGGGCAGUAUGGAACGAGGUUCUUCGUCUGUAUGCCUCCUCUGCAAUGAUUCGCACUUGCGUCGCCCCUACCACUAUUGGCAACAAAACAAUUCAUGUCGGCGAUCGCCUAUUGGGCCAAUUCCUACCUAUGCAUCACUCAACGUCUAUUUGGGGGAACGAUGCAUUAAAAUUCCACAAAAAUAGGUGGCUCAAGGAUGGCGGUAUCAAGAAACCGAGGGGCUUCUUUCCAUUUGGAGGGGGGCAUAUGCAUUGUCCUGGACGCGCACUUGCCAAGCAAGAGGUUCUUCUAUUCGUCGCGAGGGUGCUGAUGAAAUAUGACAUUGAGCCCGCAAGGGAGAAAGUGGUGAGUCAUGAUAAAGAUGCAAAAGGGGAGGGAGGACGGGAGAUGAAAUGGAAAGUGCCUGCAGUUUCCACGAAGCAUACCUUGGCAACGUUAGAUCCAGCGGAGCAGUUCUUGGUGAGGAUUAAAGAAAGAAGUAGCUUUCAAGGAUAG